AAUGAACUAUUCAAAAUUUUGGUUCAUGAUUUCGAAACAGCGUUCGUGAACAGAGUCACAUGCCAGGAUGCGUUAUUUCGUGACGGUGCAGUAGUUCGUCGUUUUGCUGAUGGUUUUCGGAAAG